AUGGCGAUUUCAAGGGUGGGGGUAACUGGCGUUGGUGUUUUAGGUGAAAUCAGUGAUAUCAAGAGUGUGAAUGGAGUCAUUUCACACGUCAAUAAAGCGUUUUUUUGGUUGGGAAAGAACCUUGAAGCCUUCGAUCCCAACGCAAAAGAAAACCCCAACAUUCUCAUUCUCGCCACCCCCUUCGUUCUUCGUCGUCUGCUGACUUACUGCUCAUCUUUAUUGGCCUUGUCUCUCUUCAGACAUUUUGUACUGGAUCCUGACAUCAAGCACACGUGAGGCAUUUUGUACUGGACAAGCAUAAUUCUUGGACAACACGAUGAUAAAAAGUCCGAGAUAAGGAGAAUUGCGAAAUAUCAGUACCUUCUUGGAUGAUGAAGAGAUUGAAAAAGUGGAAGAUUUGAAAUUGGAAUUGGAGAGUGCAAUUAAGGCAUCUUGGGCUUCUAUUAUCGUGUUGUCUUAGAAUUAUGCUACUUCAACAUGGUGCCUCGAUGAAUUGGUGUUGAUCCUUGAGCAGUGUAUCACAUCCAACCAUAUUGUUAUCCCAAUAUUUUAUCAUGUGGAGCCCACACAAUGUCCGGAAGCAACAAAGUAGCUUUGGAGAUGCAAUGGCUAAGCAUAAAGAAACAAUGAGGGAAGAGACAAAUGCAAAUAAAAAAGUCAACGGGCUAAAGCGAUUAUAGAAGUUGCUA